AUGGCUAGGGAGUGCCCAAACCAACGAGUCAUGACUAUCACCACCAAUGGAGACUAUGAGUCUCAAGAUGAAGCUGAAAUGGAAGCAAUGGACUCUGGAGAAGAAGUAGAGUAUCCGGACACUGGAGAGUUGUUGGUCACUCGGAGAGUCACUGAGCAAGCAAAGAUAUCUUUUAGUAUUGGUAAGUACCAAGAUGAAGUAGUUUGUGAUGUGGUACCAAUGCAAGCCGGACACAUACUGCUGGGGAGACCUUGGCAAUUUGAUAGAGCCACCUUUCACAAUGGACGCACCAACUACUACUCUUUCAAGUUCAAGGACCGUAAGUACAACUUAGCCCCUUUGAGUCCAUCUGAGGUGCAUGAGUUACAAACUAAGAUGAACAAGGAAGACCAGGAAUGUUUAAGUACAGGAAGCUCAGAAGCUCAACAAGUUCCUAAACCAGCUCAAGCCGUGCUAGACAAGUUUCAAGACUUGUUCCCUGAAGAGAUCCCAGCUGGAUUACCUCCAAUCAGAGGGAUUGAGCACCAGAUUGAUCUCGUGCCAGGCUCAGCUUUGCCAAACAAACCAGCAUACAGAAUGAAUCCGGAGGAGACCAAGGAGCUAGAAAAACAAGUUCAAGACUUGAUGAACAAAGG